AUGAUGAACGGACUACAGACCCUGAACUACUGGCAAACCGACUUCAACCACCCUUCAUCGGCAACACUCGGCCUGCUUAACGCCAUCUUCUCCGUCGGACAAGUCGUGGGACUACCAUUUGUUCCUCUCCUCGCAGACAACAUCGGCCGAAAAUGGACAAUCCUCCUCGGCAGCACGUUAAUCUUUAUCGGCGUUGUUAUCCAGACAGUAAGCAUCAACAUCGCCAUGUUCAUCGCCGCGCGGUUCGUCAUCGGCCUCGGGAUUUGCUACACCCAAAGUUGCUCGCCCAUGCUCAUCACUGAGCUCUCACACCCACAGUAUCGAGGGCGUCUCACCACAAUAUACAACACCCUCUGGUACCUAGGCUCCAUCAUCGCCAGCUGGACCACCUAUGGCACUCUGCGAAUCGACAAUGAAUGGUCAUGGAAGGCUCCCAGCGUCCUCCAAGCCUUCCCAUCAGUCAUCCAACUCUUCCUCAUCUGGCUCGUGCCCGAGAGCCCGCGAUACCAGAUCGUCAAGGACCGCCACGAGCGGGCACGCCAGACGUUCGAGAAGUUCCAUGGCCCGGCUUCAGGACCAGACUUCGUCGAAACCGAGUAUCGCGAGGUUUUAGAGACCAUGGCUCUCGAGAAGGAGUUCUCUAGCCGGGGUGUGGCCGAACUGUGGCGGACCAAGGGCAACCGUCAUCGCCUGCUGAUUGCUUGCACGGCUGGCUUCUUCAGUCAGACCGCCGGCGCCAACGUAGUCUCGUAUUACAUAUUCUUGGUACUGGGCCAGAUCGGCUACAAGGAUUCGAAUACGCAGCUUGUCAUCAACGGCUGUCUCACCAUCUUCAACAUGGUCGUCGCCACGGGCAUGGCGUUCUCCAUCGACAAGCUGGGCAGGCGUCCGCUGUUCUUGACCUCGACCUUCGGCAUGUGUCUCGCAAUGACCGGGUGGACAGUGGCUAGCCAGCAGCACGAGGCAUUAGGCAAUACGUCUUCUGGCCGUGCCGUAGUUGCGCUGAUCUUCGUGUUCAUGUUCUUCUUCAACCUUGCAUGGUCAGGCUUGCUGAUAGCGUACGUGGUCGAGAUCUCGCCUUUCUAUCUCCGAUCGCGGUACCUGACUGUGCUGCUUCUCUUCGUUGCGGCUGGAUCGUUCUUCUCGCAGUACGUGAAUCCCGUGGCGCUGGAAGCCAUUACUUGGAAAUACUACCUCUGCUACAUCAUUUGGCUCGCUAUCAUGUCAGUUGUCGUUUGGUUCUUCUAUGUUGAAACCAAAGGGCGAACACUGGAAGCAAUGGCGGUCUGCUUUGACGGUGAUGACGCCAAGGUCGGUGGAGAGGGUGCUACGGCCAAGGGAGAGAUGUUGCUUGGUGUGCUGCACAAGGAUGGGGCUUUGAAAGAAGGUGAAGCAGACGUGCGGAUUGAGAGAGUCGAGGCUUGA